AUGAAUGCUGAUACUUGUGUUUCUUAUUGUGAUCCGGCUGCCAUGGAUUCCUACUACAACGCAGCCUCCCAGGACACAGAAGGCUCCUCGCCUUUUAGGGCAUUUCAAGCAAGUGACAAGUUCAGCCCUACUUUCCUGGCCAGCAAAGGACAAGGCUUUGGUGACAGCAGCACUAAGUGCCGGAGCCGCUACAGCCAGCAGGAAUGUCAGUCCCUGGAUGGCAGUGUGCAGGCUGCCGGCUCUGCCGGGGCUCCGGCCUCCUUUAACAAAUACCCUCCGCAGCAACAGCCGCCGCACCUCUACAUGCAGCGAGGCCCCUGCAAAACCCCCCCGGACAGCAACAUCAAGCUGCAGGAGAGCAGCGGCCACAACGGAACUCUGCAGGUCUCCUGUUACGGUAAAGACAGUGCUUUGGGAGAGGCCGACUUGCAGCCGAGCUCUGACCCUUCGGGAAUGGACAGCAGCUACCUCAGCGUGAAGGAGGCUGGGGUGAAAGUGCCCCAGGACAGGGCCAGCACAGACCUCCCCAGCCCCAUGGACAAGGCCGACUCGGAGAGCAACAAGGGCAAAAAGCGGAGGAACCGCACCACCUUCACUAGUUACCAGCUGGAGGAGCUGGAGAAGGUCUUCCAGAAAACCCACUAUCCUGAUGUCUAUGCCAGGGAGCAGCUAGCCAUGAGGACAGACCUCACCGAGGCUCGUGUACAGGUGUGGUUUCAGAACCGGAGAGCAAAAUGGCGCAAGAGGGAGCGGUUCGGUCAGAUGCAGCAGGUCCGGACCCACUUCUCCACUGCCUAUGAGCUGCCUCUGCUGACCCGUGCUGAGAACUACGCCCAGAUCCAGAACCCCUCCUGGAUUGGCAACAAUGGAGCUGCCUCUCCUGUGCCUGCCUGUGUUGUCCCCUGCGAGACGGUGCCCUCCUGCAUGUCCCCCCAUGCCCACCCCCACGCGGCCGGCGGUGUCUCCGAGUUCCUUGGCGUCUCCGGCCCUGGCAGCCACGUGGGACAGACUCACAUGGGUGGCCUCUUUGGCACGGCCGGGAUGAGCCCCAGCCUCAAUGGCUACGAGCUGAACAGCGAGCCGGACCGCAAGACCUCCAGCAUCGCUGCCCUGAGGAUGAAAGCAAAGGAGCACAGCGCCGCUAUCUCCUGGGCGACAUGACAGGGCUGCAGCCCAGUGCCCAUGACACGGAGAGAGCACAUAGGGACAGCUGAACAAAUCCAUCCGCUUGGACGCCAGACAGCAGUUGCCUCC